AUCUUAUGUACGCAGCCAACUUCCCACAUCAUUGCGCUCCGCACUAGAGGCAACUCCAAAUGUUUCCAUGAAGGAGCCUUUUGGAAUGAGUUUCGAGGAUCUGCUUCAAGAAUGCCAGGACGCCACCUUUGCAAGAUAUCGAGAAGAGAAACUGGCUUCUCCAUCUGUGCCUCCUUUGAGGUCCGACUCUGUAGAUCCUACAGCUAUAUCCAGUGUUCAUGUUCAUGCGCAUAGCGAUGUCGAAUUCCUGUGAUGGGAUUCCCGAUUACUACCUAACCUUGGUUUCUUCGGUCUUUCCCUCCCCUUUGACCAACAAUCGACACCAUCAAUGGACUCUGGCUAUGGCUCUGUCCCUCCUUCUGUUUCAUCCGAGAAGUCAAUCAAGAAAACUGAGCCGAAACUAACAGAUACUACAUCGAUUGAUGUGAGUGAAGAGCUCGAAGACAUCUGUGAUAUCAUUUAUCCACGUUACCUCCACACGCAAAAAUUCGUCAGGAUUAGGCGACGAGUACCAGAAUCGACACGUAGACAAGCCAUGGUGGACCGAGUCAUGAAGAACUUUUGGUCGACAGUGUUUGCAAGAGAAUGGUUACUUCAAUUCACGACAUGUGGAACUUCAGCUACCUCGGGGAAAAGAUCCAAAUCAGCACCCAAAAAGACACAAACCACGAAUAAAUCGAAGUCAAAAUCUGGAACUCAAAAUUCGUCAUUGUUAGGACUCGGCCAGGACAGCCACAAGAGGAAAAGGGUCUCGACGUCAGAGGACGAGGAAGAGGAAGAAGACAGACCGAAGAAGUUGAUGCUAGGUCCGUUCGAAGAUGGAGACGCCUGCAUCCCGGUAGACUUAGGUUUUGCUUGUCCGUAUCGCAAGUACGAUCCAUCCAAGUACAACGUCAGAGAUUGGGGGCCUUGUGCCUUGACAUCUCGACCGACCAUUGCUCGAAUCAAGUCUCACUUGUACAAAUAUCAUUACAUCCAUCAGUGUCAGCGAUGCAACGGAAUAUUUGAUGAUGAGAACCAGCUGGACGACCAUAUAAACGCCGAUGAAGCCUUCAUUCGUGUGCAAAGUCUACCAGGCGGAGUAGAUGGUAUCAACAGAUUGCUUAAAGAACUCAUUCAGCCUAGGACGAGGUUAUUCCAAGGCCAUACCGAAGAACAGAAAUGGGAGUAUAUCUAUGGUUUGAUAUUCCCCGGGGCUCCAUUACCGUCGCCCUACUGGGAGACCCCUGAGCUGCCAGAUCGAUCAUUCAUUGAACAAUACAAUGCUUUUCUCAUCACAGAGCUUCCUUUAGCUGUGUCAAGAGCCUUGGUCGAGACUGAAGACGAUGAUCCAGAUCCUACCGAGGAACGAAUGCGAGACUUGGCGGUGACCCUGCUCCCAGGAGUGCUCAACAUGCUGUAUCACACAUACCGAGCUACAUUUGACCCAAAUCCCAGUCGGGAUGAACUCGGCUCCAAUGUGGCGGUCAGAACUGCUGAACCUACGAUUGAAGCACAUAGUCCUCAGCCAGUCUACGAAUCUUCUCAAGGCAUUACAGAAACCGAAGCCGGCUCAACCUUGGUCCAAUCGCAAUCAUCUCAAACCAUGCGGAAUACGACAGCUGCUGUCCCUUUCCCGACAGACUCUGCUUAUUUCUCCUUGAAUUCGGAGGAGGGAGACAGCUUCGCACGCAUUUUGGAAGAUGGCGAGAAUACAAGUUCGAGAGCAGGAGAACAGAACCACAUCAAUUCGUCAGCUGAUCCUCAACAAUCGACGACCUCAAACUCUGACACUUUCGAAGACCAUCUUCAGACUGCCCUACCUUCUCUUCCAAGUCAGUCUCUAGUCCAGAAUGAGCAGAUUACAAUUUCAGGAGAUAACUAUCCGUCAGACCCGCCACCACAUCCGCCCAGCCAGACCUUCGGAGAAGGCUUGGAUACCACAGAUUGGAGCGAAGAUGACUGGAAUGCGUUCUUCAACCAAUAUAUUAUAACAUGAUUGUAUUUUUGCAUGGUUACUAUGGCAAUAGAUAGAGAACCACG